AACAAAUGCAACUAAAUGACAGUUCUUUUACGGUUAAAUAUUAGAGCAGUUUAUAAAUAUCCUAUAAAUAUUUUAUUGCUAUUCAUUUUGCAAUGGAAGCAUUAAUUCCGCAUUUAGCAAGGAUUCGAAUACCGAACAAGAAUAAUAAAGUCUACAAAGACGAGUGUGUGUUUAGUUUUGAUACACCGGAAUCUCCAACGGGGUUAUACGUGAGCCUUACCAGCUUUUUGGGGUUUGGAAAAGAUUACGUUGAAGGUUAUUUCAAGAAAACAGGAAAUGCAGUAUUUUUACAUAUGCGUUCGGAAAAGCGAGAGAUUCCAUCAUCUCCACAGGGUGAUGGUCCAGAAAAGAAAAUAACUCGAUUAGCGAUUGGCGUUGAAGGCGGAUUCAACCCGGAAACGAGCAAGAAAAAAUAUGAAAUCGAGAAUUUCUAUAACAUCGUUGUUUUACCAGGAUUUGUUACAAUUCCGUGGCCAAAUAAUAAUCUGCCAAAAGAGGUUAUCGUUUCUGUAACUACAAUCUUAGAGUUACAAUCUGCAGCAACUUUAGAUGAAUUAGAAGCAACCACAGGAACAUGGGAUGGUGAAGCUCGUAUAGUUACAAAACAUGCUAAUAGCUUAGUUCAAUUAGAGAAUGGAAAAAAGAUUCCUCCCUCAGGUUGGAAAUGUGAAAAAUGUGACAAAACAGAAAAUUUAUGGUUAAAUCUUACUGAUGGUACAAUACUUUGCGGUAGAAAAUUUUUCGAUGGCUCUGGUGGGAAUAAUCAUGCUGUAGAACAUUAUCAGGAAACCAAAUAUCCAUUGGCUGUUAAAUUAGGAACAAUUACAAAGGAAAAUAAAGCAGAUAUUUUCAGUUACACGGAAGAUGAUUUGGUUGAAGACCCAAAAUUAGGGGACCAUUUAGCACAUUGGGGGAUUAAUAUUGCUAAUAUGGAGAAAACUGAGAAAUCUAUGGCUGAGCUUGAAUUAGAGCUAAAUCAAAAGGCUGAGUGGUUAGCUUUGGAAGAAAGUGGGGGGACUUUACGACCAGUUUUUGGAUCUGGUUAUACUGGGAUGAUCAAUUUAGGGAAUUCAUGUUACUUAAACAGUGUGAUGCAAAUGUUAUUUACAAUUCCUGAUUUUAUUCAAAGAUUUGUUAAUAAUGCUCCAAUUAUUUUUGAAAAUUCUGAUGAUCCACCAAAUGAUUUUAAUGUUCAAAUGGCAAAACUAGGUUUGGGAUUACAUUCUGGAAAAUAUUCCCAAGAAAAUUCCGAUGGUAAACAAUUGGGUAUUUCUCCUUUAAUGUUUAAAACGUUGAUAGGGAAAGGACAUGCAGAUUUUUCAACAAAACGCCAACAAGACGCUCAGGAAUUCUUUUUGCAUAUUGUCAAUUUGUUGGAGCGUAAUUCGCGUUCUUACAACCCGAGUAAAGCGUUUAAAUAUAAAAUCGAAGAAAGAGUUCAGUGUAGUGCGUCUAAAAAAGUUAAAUAUUCUCACCGAGCGGAUAAUUUACUACCUUUAAAUAUACCGUUAGAGGCGGUUAUUAAUAAAGAAGAAGUAACGGCGUAUGAAGCUAAAAAAUUAGAAGCUGAGAAAUUAGGGAAUAGAUUUGAACCGGAAUCUUUGGUUAGACCUAAAAUAAAAUUGUUUUCUUGUUUGGAAUUGUUUACACAGUCGGAAGUUGUUGAACAGUUUUUUAGUACUGCGUUAAAUUCAAAAACAACAGCAAGAAAAACAACUCGUAUGGCAACUUUCCCCGAUUAUUUAUUAAUCCAUUUAAAGAAAUUCACACUUCGCGAAGACUGGGUACCAAUAAAACUGGAUGUCGCCGUUGACAUGCCAGAUUAUUUAGAUUUAUCAUCAUUACGUGCAACUGGACCUCAACCAGAUGAAGAACCUUUGCCUGAACUUGUAGGAUCUCCCCCUCCUUUAGUUUUAGAUGAAACAGUUUUAGCACAAUUGGCCGAUAUGGGUUUUCCACCUGAAGCAUGUAAACGUGCCGUUUUCUAUACACAAAAUUCUGGGUUAGAAAGUGCCACAGCGUGGAUCAUGGAUCAUAUCACUGAUUCGGACUUUGCGGAUCCUUUCACGCCACCAGGCACUGAAACAAACGCUGCAGGUGGGUGUUUUGAACCGAAUCCAGAAGCCCUUCCAAUGAUUAUGGGGAUGGGAUUUACUCAAGAUCAAGCAAUUAAAGCUUUGAGAGCUACCGAUAAUAAUGUUGAGAGAGCGAUUGAUUGGAUUUUUUCACAUCAAGAUGAAUUGGUUGAUGAAUCAACUUCUGAACCGGAGUAUCGCGAUGGAGAUUCAAAGUAUAAAUUAGUUGCAUUUGUUUCGCAUAUGGGAACUUCUUCGAUGGUUGGGCAUUACGUUGUGCAUAUCUUGAAAGAAGGAAGAUGGGUGAUUUUCAACGAUGAGAAAGUUGCUUUAUCGGAGAAUCCGCCGAAAGAACUUGGUUAUUUGUACUUAUAUCAAAGAGCUUGAAAUCAUUUGCUACUAAGUUCUGUAUUUUUGCUGUGUUUGUGUUGUUUUUAUACUGUUUAAUAAAGGAUAAAUAAAAUAUCUACUUAUA